CUAGCUUUAUUUUCUUCCAGCUAAUUAAACAUCGAAGCAACUCGACAAGCGCUGAAAGACCUUGGACAUGAGAGGGUGUAUCAUACUUACCCAAUCAUCUUUGAUGAACCUGAGCAUGGAGAUAUCUGGAUCGAGGCAUUCAAAGCGAAGUUUGAAGGCGGCCGGCGCUUUCAAGACUGGGACGUCUGCUUGGAAAUUACACUAUAUAGAGCUCCCAUAUACUUUUUGGAUGAUAUACUAGCGUCCACUAGGCCGUGACGAACGUCCCUUGUGCGAUCUUCCGGAAAGAGCUCAUUGAAGCAUACCCCAAUGCCAAAGUCACUCUCACCACUCGAGACUCCACAGAAGCAUGGUACGAAUCCUACACCGACGCCAUCGACCACCUCACCCAAACCGCUUACCUCAACCCUCCGUGACUGUCCUUUUCCGUCUCUUCCUGCCAUCACAUGGUUUCGACCGCCUCAUGAAAUACCAAAACCUCUACAUGCCUCGCGGCCGCUUCGAAACAGAAGGAAGGGAGUGGUAUGAGCAAUACAAUGCUGCUAUCAAUGAAGGAAAACCAAUUUGAAGCAAGGAUGGGAGUCGUUGUGUGAGUUCUUGGGAAAAGAGAUCCCGGAGAAAUCAUUUCCGAGGGUGUUUGAGACGAAGCAGUAUCGACAGGCCACGCAGAAGAUGCAAAAGAUUAGGGGGAGGCGGGCGGUUCGAAGGGCGUCUGUGUUUGCUGCUACGGUUGCGGUGGUUGUGGGCAUUGGUUGCAAGGUUGGACUGAACUUGAUACUGUCGUAGUUUAUUGCCAGGAUGCAGCAUUCUAGCUUUGCAUGACAUUCAAGAGGGGCUA